AGUCCCAGCGAACCCGGCAUGGAGCAUGCUGUCAUCUCCACGUUCGACCUCUUUUCCGUUGGCAUCGGACCCUCAUCUUCUCAUACGGUGGGGCCAAUGCGUGCUGGCAAUAUCUUCAUUGCGGAUCUCGUCCAAGCCAACCUGCUCCACCGUGUCAAUCGGAUGCGCAUCGCAAUAUACGGCAGUCUGGCUCUCACAGGGGAAGGUCAUAUGACACCAUCCGCGCUGUUACUGGGCCUCGAGAGUGCGAACGUCGAGACCGUGGAGACCGAUUAUAUACCGGCACGCUUCAAGCAUAUCAAGUCUGCUAAGAAGCUCUGUCUCGGCCAUGCGCUGCCGGAUGGUCAGUCCAAGGAGGUCGAUUUCAAUUAUGACCGCGACUUCAUCUGGGAAUGGGGAAAGACGCUGCCUAUGCAUAGCAAUGGUAUGCGUCUGACGGUAUUUGACGUUGAGGGUGACGUCUUGGCUACGAACGACAUGUUCAGCAUCGGCGGCGGCUUCGUUGUCAAUGGCGCUCUGUCGAUCAACCCACUGAACGCUGAGAAUGGAGAGGGCGUGCAAGAAGGCCGGCAUCCCGCGGACUUGGCCGAAAACCUGUAUUACAAGGAGAUCAAUCGACUCGAGGCCGAUGGAAGCCGCAAGACCGGAGUUGAGGCCAUCACCGCAGGCUCCAGCGCUCUCACAAUUGCAGGGGAGGUUGGAGCUGGUACAGACAUGACCCAAAGCUCGAAGAAGAUCGACGCCGAAUCAAGUGGAUCUCGUCGUCCCAAAUACCCCUUUCACGACGCGCAAAGCUUGCUUGAUCUUUGUCAUAAGCACAACCUUACCAUCGCCCAGCUGGUCUACGAGAACGAAAAGAGUCUGGGGUACACAGACGAGGAGAUCUACCAAAAGAUCUUCCGCAUCUGGCAAGUGAUGGACGACAGUAUCCUCGAGGCGGUGCAAGCUCCUGUCGACUCUGUUCUACCCGGCUCUUUGAAGCUACAUCGUCGAGCGCCAGCUUUGUAUAGCCGCCUUUCCCGAGGUCUGUACCCGACAUCCGCGCGACAGCCAGGUAAUGCUCAUAAAGAGCCAGCGCCGUCCAAUGAGGCGAAACAGAUCAAAGACAACGCAAGCGCGACGACAACACAACAGUCUGCCGUUCUGGUACGAAAGCAGAUUCAUCGCGCCCCAGCGCUUGUUCAUGGCGCCGUCCAACAUCCUAUCGCUCCGUCUCCUCCUCGACGUACCACCUUCCCAGCCAUGGAUCACCUGACAGUAUAUGCCAUGGCUGUGAACGAAACCAAUGCUGCCGGUGGCCGCGUCGUCACAGCACCUACAAAUGGCGCCGCCGGAAUCAUCCCUGCGGUGCUGAAGUACAUCCUCGAGUUCAUGAGCGAAGAUCCCGAGCGAGACAUCCCGACAUUCCUCCUGACAGCCGCCGCCAUCGGCAUGCUGUACAAACGAGGCGCCACCAUAUCCGCCGCAGAGGGUGGCUGCAUGGCCGAGGUCGGAGUCGCAUGUUCCAUGGCCGCCGGUGCGUUUGCCGCCUGUAUGGGUGCCAGUCCCGAGACAAUCGAACAGGCCGCCGAGAUUGGCAUCGAGCACAACUUGGGUCUUACGUGUGAUCCGAUCGGUGGGCUGGUGCAGGCUCCGUGCAUUGAGCGCAACGCCCUGGGUGCCAUCAAGGCCAUUUCGAGUGCGAACUUGGCGCUGAGUAGCAAGGCUGAUCACCGCAAGGUCCGGCUUGAUGAUGCGAUUGCCGCUAUGCGGUUAACCGCAAAAGGCAUGAGGAACGAAUUCAAGGAGACGAGUCUGAGUGGACUGGCUACGAGUGUGCCAUUCGAUGUGCCGGUCUCUGUGCCAGACUGUUGA